AUGAUUACAGCAAAAGUUGCUGCUGUAGCUACAGGAAAAGUUAAUCUUGAUAAAAUAUCAUUGUUUAUAUCACAUGUGAUUCCAUCAGAUAUAGAAAGAAAUAAUCUUUAUAAAGCUAUUGAAUCAAAAGUGACACUUCCAGUAACUUUUCAUUUACGACAGUGUGAUACGACAAUUGUUCUACAAUCUACUAUAUUUUCUUGGAGACUGAGUGUAAAAACAUCUACUGAAAAACCAAGAUAUAUAGUUGUUGGAUUACAAACAAAUAAAGAUAGAAACCAAGAACCUAAUUCUUCAAUAUUUGAUAAUUGUGUUUUGAAAAAUAUGUACAUUAUGCUUAAUCAGGAAAGAUAUCCUGCUGUUGAUUAUAAUUUAUUGUUACCAAAUCAACAAUUUUCAAGAGCUUAUCGAGAAGCAUCUGUGUUUAGUGAAAAAUUUUAUGGAAUGAAUGAAUUGAUCACACAAAGCAACAUAACUCCCUCAGACUAUAACGAUUUAUACCCACUUAUGGAUUUUGACGUGAGUGAACAAUCAAAAAGAUUAAAAUCAUCAGUAGUAGAUGUUCAAAUUAAAGCAACAUUUAAUGCAGCUGUUCCAGCAGACACUGAAGCAUUUGCUGUUGUAAUUUCUAAUAGAAUGUUACAAUUUCAAUCAGAUGGAAAUAGAAUGAACAUUGUAUAUUAUUAA